AUGGUCGCCCCUGUGGGCACACUCAGCCGGCCCCCAACACGGCCGCUGCUUCUCCAAGGUAUCCAGGGCAUCCGCGGGGAAUCCACCCCUCGAGGAGCCGCGUCCUUUACCAUCCGGCACUACUCCUCCUCCUUCCAUUCCUCUUUGGGGUCCUUCGCCUCCCGGGAGUUUCUCUCCGCCGAUGAGCAGCUCCUUCGGAAGAUGGUUCUGAAGAAUCCACGCGAGCUCCACACGGUCCUUGAUGAGUUUGUCAUCGGGCAAGAAAAGGCCAAGCGCGUCCUCAGUGUGGCGGUGUAUAACCAUUACACGCGCGUGCGCCGGUCGAUUGGCAUGGCUGCCAGCAAUCGCCGAGCCGACCGGCUUGACCCAUUGGCCGACCUCACUCGGCCCGGCGCGGGCGCCGAAACACACGCCGAGUCUCGCCCCGGACGUCGAGCCACCUCCAGUCAGAGCUUCGUCUACUCGGCCAAAGGCCCAGCCGAUGCGGGCCUCACCGCACCCGGCACCGAGUCCAGUGACAAGGCACCAGCGGCCUCGGCCGGAGGUCCAAGCCCGAAUCCCCCAAUCGGCGGAUUGGAGUUCCAGUCAACGCUCGCGUCGCUGGCUUCCGCUGGCCAGGCCACCCUGAUGGGCGCGCUGGCCCGGUCGAAGCUCGGCCUAAAAACCGCAGAUCGUGAUGCUCGCCCGGCCACCGGCAAUGAUGACCCUUCGGCGGAGUCUGGGACUUCGGGCGAGAUGGCCACCAGCACCCCCGCCAAUGUCACCCCCGCCAGCUCGACCCAAGCCCCAUCCUCGGAUGCUUCGCGGCUCCGUGGCUCGCCUGGUCGUGCCUCCGGACCCCAGCAGCACCCACACUCAACGGAUGAGGAGGCCGGCGGGGCACGGCCCUUCGACGGGCCGGGCUUCAUUCACCCCCGUCACGGACGCCUAUCCAUGCGCGAUUCCAUCUUCGACUAUACAGGCUCGGCCUCGACCUUCAGCGUGUCGGAUGUGUGGGAUCGGUCGCGAGCUGGUCUGCCACAUGUUGGCCCCGGCGAGUGGAAUCGCCCUCCCGCCAGUCGGCGCCCGGAGGUCGAGGAUGACGCCGAAAGUGGGGGCGGCGGCUCCACCCAGCAAGCCGAGCACCUGACCAUCGGGGAGAUUGUCCCCGACAAGUCGAAUGUCCUGCUGCUCGGCCCCACCGGCACGGGGAAGACCCUGCUCGUCAAGGCUCUCGCCAAGCACCUGGGCGUGCCGUUUGCCAGCUGCGACGCAACCACCCUCACGCAGACCGGCUACGUGGGUGAUGAUGUGGACACGGUUCUCUUCCGGUUGCUUCAGGCUGCCAAUUUCGAUCAUCGCGUGGCUCAAUACGGGAUUGUCUUUAUCGACGAGGUGGACAAGCUCCGGCGCCGGUCGACCAGUGCCAGCAUCCGUGAAUUGGAUGUCGGCGGCGAGGCCGUCCAACAGGGGCUCCUUCGGAUGCUGGAGGGUGAGAAAAUCAAUGUCACCGACCGCCGACCCCCGAGCAUGGCCCCUGGUGGCGGCAAGCGCGAGGGGCUGACCCUUGAUACCCGGCACAUUCUGUUUGUGCUGGCUGGCGCCUUCGAGGGAAUUGAUGACUUUGUGUGGAACCGACUGAACUUCAAGGCACGAAAUGCAUCCACCCACGCGAGGGUCCUUCGUCGUUGUGCUCUUCCUGGCUGGGUUUCGCUCUCCUGCGCCCCUUGCCGAGCCGUUGGCCCAGACACUAACACGAUGAAGCACUUGCAGAAAUCCAAGAUCGGCUUCGGGGCUCCCGUCAACAAAGAUGACCUCCUCCGGGCGGCUCCUGCCGCGGCCAAGAGCUCUGACGAUCAGGUGGACCGGUCGGUGACUCCGGCGGCGGCGGCGGCGGCGGCGGCUGCCGCUGCCAUGGCUGCCGCAGUCGGCACCGAUUGUGACAUCGGCUCGGGCAUGCGUGAGGCCGUGCUAAACAGCCAAUUCCACGCGACGACUGCCGCCGGAGCACCGUCUCCUGGACCUUCGGCCCUGUCCAUGAUGCUGGCAAGCACAGUCGAGGUCCCCCCUCGGCGGGGCUCCGGGGCCGUGCGGCGAGACCUCCUGCAGGAGCUCGGCGAGGGUGCCCGGCCCGGCUGGCGUCCGCCCCUCUGGGCAAGCACCAAAGCCGACGAGGAGCAUCUUGCCUGGAAUCGUUUGCUCCAAGAGCAACAGCAGCAGCAGCAGCAGCAGCAAGCCAGCACAGGUAGCCCUCGUGCUUCCUCGCCGCGUUCUCGCGACAUGCCACUAGCUGAGCUUCUCGGCCGCCGGCAGUCGCCGGAUUGGACCACGGCCACGCAAGUGCAGUUUACGAACACGGCCACUCCACAGGCCACCCCUCGGGACGCGUCGACCCCGGGAGUUGGCUCGGCGGUAUUUGCUCCCGCUGGGACUGGGGCCUCCUCUGCUGGAACUUCUACCGCCACCGCCACCGCCACCACCACCACCACCUCGGCUGCCGUUGCACCGGUGUCCCUCGAGCCCACACCCGAGGAUUUGAUUGCAUAUGGCCUGAUCCCGGAGCUGGUUGGCCGUCUGCCAGUCUUGGCCCAAACCAUGAAUCUCCCACCAGAGCUCCUGGCCCGGGUCUUGAGUGAGCCCAAGGGCUGCCUCAUCGAGCAGUACAAGGCCAUUUUCCAAGCGAGCGAUAUCGAUCUUCAGUUCGAGGAGGGCGCCUUUCUGGCGAUUGGUCGUCUGGCCGCCGAAAGGCGGACCGGCGCACGCGGCCUUCGAGCCAUUCUGGAAAAUCUCCUGCUGGACGCCAUGUACUCAGCCCCAGGGGCCGGAGUGGCGCGAGUGAUUGUCACCGUGGCAUCCGUCACUGGAGCAGAACCACGCCUUGCCGCCGGUGAGAAGCUCCCCUUCGAUGAGAUUACCCUCUGCAACAUUGGCAACCCCCAGCAGCUGGGCCAGAAGCCGAUUACCUUCUUCCGCCAGGUGUCCGCCCUGGUCGAUUGCCCGUCCCUGCUGGCGGUGGCCGACUCCCAGGGCCCCGAUGGUGAGGCCCUGCGCCUGCUCUUCCCGGCGGAUGUCAUCGCCCGUGCCCAGAAGCUGGCCAAGGCCGUCGGCAGCACCGGGUCUUACAGCCAUUCGCAGGGUGUUCCGCACACCUCGACAUGA